UUCACAUGACAAGCCUCAGUUUGGCAGUUUCUGAACAGAACCUACCUGAAGGCAUUCUGCAAGACCCUGCUUACCUGACCGCACCAGGGCAAAAUUUCAUGAUAUAAGGUUGUUUCUCUUCAUUUGUUCCUACAAAACUUGAUGUGAAGACAGCUUUCCAGGUCCCAGGUCCUGAAGUUUACUCUCAAGGACGUUGCCUGUUGCCCAGCUCUGCCAGCUCACAGCUAAGGUGUCUUGCACGAUGUUCCAGUUGCUAGGUGCCCAGAUGCUGCAGAUGCUGGAGAAAUCCUUGAGGAAGAGCCUUCCUAUAUCCUUAAAGGUUUAUGGGACCAUCUUCCACAUGAACCAGGGAAACCCUUUCAAGCUAAAGGCCCUGGUGGACAAGUGGCCUGAUUUUAAUACAGUGGUCAUCCGCCCCCAGGAGCAGGACAUGACGGAUGACCUUGAUCAUUACACCAAUACUUACCACAUCUACUCCAAAGACCUCAAGAACUGUCAGGAAUUCCUUGGCAUACCAGAAGUCAUCAAUUGGAAGCAGCAUUUGCAGAUCCAGAGUUCACAGUCCAGCCUGACUGAAGUAAUACAAAAUCUUGCAGCCACUAAAUCCUUCAAAGUCAACCAAUCGCAAAAUAUUCUCUAUAUGGCGAUUGAGACAAUAAAGGAACUGGCUCCUUCCCUGCUGGAUGUAAAGAACUUAUCCCUUACCGAUGGCGAACCCAAGGCCAUUGACCAAGAGCUGUUUAAACUCUCAUCCCUGGAUCCUCCCCACGCGGCCUUGGUGAAUAAAUUCUGGCAUUUCGGUGGCAAUGAGAGGAGCCAGAGAUUCAUCGAGCGCUGCAUCCGGAGCUUCCCCACCUUCUGCCUGCUGGGGCCCGAGGGGACCCCUGUGUCCUGGUCCCUGAUGGACCAGACGGGAGAGAUGCGGAUGGGAGGCACCAUACCUGAGUAUCGGGCCCAUGGUCUCGUCACCUACGUUAUCCAUUGCCAAUCCCAGGCUCUGAUCAAACAUGGCUUUCCCGUAUAUUCUCAUGUAGACAAGAAAAACAAAAUUAUGCAGAAAAUGAGUCACAGUCUGAAUCACAUCCCUGUGCCCUGUGACUGGAACCAAUGGAACUGUGUACCACUGUGA